ACAGGUACCCUUGAGUCCCCUGUUUGAUGUGCACCCAUUUCCCAGCCUGGACUGGAAGCAGCUGUGGGCAUUACGGAAAGUGGGCAGGGCUUGGGGUGGGGAUGUGUGAGGGAGAGACAGGGGAAGAGGAAGUGUCUUGGGUCCUGGGGAAGCCUGGCUUGUCUUGGUGGGUGGGGACGGUCACUGUCAGCCUUCUGGACACACAGACAGAGACAGACAGGAUGGAUUUCCUCCGGCUACAUCUCCCUGGGCUGCAUCAGGCCUUGAGGGGGGCACUGGAUUCUUUCAGCACCUUUGUCUCCUACCUUCUAGGAGAUGAAGUCCCCACAGCAGAGAGGAGGGAGGCAUGGGCAGCGGAAGAACUGGGGGAAGUGGCUGCAGGAAGGCUGGGGAGGAUGGUAGAGGAGGAAGCCCAGGAGGCCCUGGAGGGCCUUGGAGGCAGCCAAAGCAAGGGGGAGAGAGGGCUCAGAGGCACUGGAGAGGCUGGAAGAUGCCCAGAGGGAAGCUCGGCUACCGAACAGACCUGGGGUGGGGGAGAAGGCAGCUCCCAUGGGGCUCAAGCAGAUAGGCAGGACACUGGGGCCUGGGAGGCAGCCAAGGCCACCAGAUGCCAGGAGUUCAGUGUCCCCUUGGAGGCCAGAAAGAAGCCUGAGGCAGGUUCUGAGGCUGGUCGAGACAGGAGGAGCCAAUCCCAGGAGAGCCAGAAGGCUGAUGAGCAGGAAGUGAACAGAAAGGAGACACCGAGAACCUGGGAAUGGGAGGAAGAGGAAGAGUUCAGAGCAGCAGAGCCAGGGGUGGCCAGAGGGGCGGAGUCAGAGUGGACCUGGCAUAAGGAGCCUGAGGGGAAGGCCGGUGCUGAUGGGCAAAAGGUGGCGGGGGAUGACGAUGGGUCAGAGCAGGUGGUCAAGGAGGCAGCUGCAGAGGAGGUCCGGGGGCCUGGGGACAGAGGGGCUGGAAGGGAAGAAGAGGUGGUUGUGGUGAGCGGUGGCCAAAGCACAAGGGCACAGGGGACACAGGAGGCAGGGGCAGAAUCUGAGGAUGGGGGAACCUCAGGCAGGGAGGAGCCUGGGACAAUCUCAAGCAGAGAGGAGGCCGGAGCAACCUUGGGCAGAGAAGAGGCUGGGGAAACCUCGGGCAGAGAGGAGGCCGGGACAAUCUCGGACAGAGAGGAGGCUGGGACAAUCUCGGACAGAGAGGAGGCUGAGACAACCUCAGGCAGAGAGGAGGGCAGGACAAUCUCGGGCAGGGAGGAGGCCGGGACAAUCUCGGACAGAGAGGAGGCUGAGACAACCUCAGGCAGAGAGGAGGGCAGGACAAUCUCGGACAGAGAGGAGGCUGAGACAACCUCAGGCAGAGAGGAGGGCAGGACAAUCUCGGGCAGGGAGGAGGCCGGGACAAUCUCGGACAGAGAGGAGGCCGGGACAAUCUCGGACAGAGAGGAGGCUGAGACAACCUCAGGCAGAGAGGAGGGCAGGACAAUCUUGGGCAGGGAGGAGGCCGAGACAAUCUCGGGCAGAGAGGAGGCCAGGGCAAUCUCGGGCAGAGAAGAGGCCAGGGCAGCUUCGGGCAGAGAGGAGGCUGGGACAAUCUCGGACAGAGAGGAGGCUGAGACAACCUCCGGCAGAGAGGAAGCCAGUACAACCUCAGGCAGAGAGGAGACUGAGACAAUCUCAGGCAGAGAAGAGGCCGGGGCAACCUCGGGCAGAGAGGAGGCUGGGACAAUCUCGGGCAGGGAGGAGGCUGAGACAACCUCCGGCAGAGAGGAGGCCAGUACAACCUCAGGCAGAGAGGAGGCCGAGACAAUCUUGGGCAGAGAAGAGGCCGGGGCAACCUCGGGCAGAGAGGAGGCUAGGACAAUCUCGGACAGAGAGGAGGCUGAGACAAUCUCGGGCAGGGAGGAGGCUGACCUUCUCGCAGUCAACGAGACAGAACAUGGGGCAUUCCCAGGAGAAAGGACCUCCAUGGGGACUGGGAGAGCCUGGGCCCUAGAGGAGACCUGCAAGGGAGACCAGAGGUGGGAGGUGGAUGAGCCCAGAGAGGCUGAGGUGAGCCUGUUCCCCGAACAGACACAGGCCCUGGGAACUGAGGGAGUGUUAGAAGCAGCUAGGGAGCAGAGAGCAGGGAGCGAGGGUGAGGAAGGCCAGGGGUCAGAGGGGCUGCUGGGGGAGGGCCUGGAGGUCCAGGCAGAUCAAGCUGAGGAAGAAGCCCCAGGGAGGCAAGAUGCAGAGACUGGGGCCUCUCAAGCCAGCCUCCAGGAGGUGGUGCAGGCAGAGGAAGCCAAGCAGCCUGAGGAAAGUUGCUGGGCCGCAGAGGCUGAGCUGCUCCAGGACGAAGUGGCAAAAGAGGCUGAAGGUGCAGCUGACUCGGAGAAAACCCCAGAGGCCAGGCCCCAGGAGUUCAGCAGGGAGAGGGGAGAGGAGGAGGCUCAGAUGGGGGUAGAAGCACUGGAGGCAGAGUGGGGGGGCCUUGAGCACGAGGUCACAGAAAACCAAGAACCUGAGCUGGUAGGAGGUCCCCAGGCCCCAGGGGAGCAACCUGAGGGAGGGCAGGUGGGUCAGGAAGAGCUCUGGAGUAUUCCAGCCCCGGGCAAGGAAGAGACAGAGAGGAUCCUGGAGGAAUAUUCUAGGAAUGCAGGGGAUGUCGAGCCCAAUAGCUCAGUGGUGGAAGCCUGGGGAAACAGCCAAAGAAGGGAUGAGGAGAGAGGGAAUUCCCAGGAGGAAGAUGAGGAUGCUGAGGAUGGGAUGGAGGAGGCUGUGGGAGGCCAGGCUGUGGCUGAGGCUGAAAGAGGCCGAGAAUCUGCGCCACCAGACAUCCUGGAGGCAGCCGAGGAGUGCGUGACAGCAAAGGAAGCCUGGCACGGAGCAGAGGAGGGCGAGGCCCUGGGAGCAGAGAACCAGGGGCUGGGUGGAGGGCAUGGGCCAGCAGCAGGGACCAGCCCGUCCCCAGGAGAGUCAGAUGCUGGAGAUACCAGGGAGGGGGAGGGGGAGGCGGUCGUGCCCUGGGGGGCAGACAGAACAUUCAGGAGUGGCUGGAGGCUCCAGGACAGCAAGGACACGGAGGCAAAUUCUUUGGCUGCCCAGAAUGUGGAGGACAGGGCCGCUUUGGAUGGAAGAGCGCCUGGGGCUGGGGAAGGGCCUGAAAGAGAGGCCAGGGAAGCAGGUGGGAGAGGCUGGGACUCCGAAGGGAGAGCGGAAUCUGGUGGAGGUGAAGAGCUGGUGGAGGCUGCAGAGGGUGAGAAGCGAGGCUGGCAGGAGUUUGGCCUGGAGGGCUCCGCAGAGAAGGGGGUGCCUGGCAGGGGUGGCCAAGUAGAGGCUUUUGAGGCCACGGAGGGCGAGCCUGACCGGGAGCAGGUGGAGCCUGGGGCGUUUGCAGUGGCAGAAGAAAGCUGUGGGCUGGUGGAUGUUACUUCAGGCUUCCAGGCGUGGAGGGCAGAGGGCCUCCCAGGAGGCCAGAUACUCUGGGAAGAAAAGGCUGGGGGCUGGCAAGUGAGGGAACAGGGGCCAGGUGGUGAGGGGCAGCCUGGGGACCAGCCCCCUGAGGGAGAGGCACAAAGACCUCUUGACAUGGAGGAUGUCCAAGACCAAAAGGCAGAGGCUGAGAAUGAUCCAGAAGGCCUGGAGGAUAUGCAAGUCCAAGAGGACCAGUGGACAAACCAGGACCUUGCAGAGGCCGAGCCUGGACCGUGUAGCGAGGCUGCAGGGAGCGCCGCAGGGGAUGCUCACGGCACCUGGAGUGAGGCCCGGCUCCCUGGGUCUCGCCUGGAUGUCUCCAUCCCGAGGAGCCGGGUCUUUCUCUCCCGAAGCGCCUCACAGCGCCGCUCCCGGCCCUCUUUCCGGCGGUCCCUGGCCCCCGAGCAGCAGGAGGAGCCUCCCAGCCCCCCACCAGAAGAGGAGCUGCCAGCCUCCGAGCAGAGACUUCUCCAGCCAGAGAACACCCCAGAGCCAAGCCCCCCAAGGUCCGAAGGGACCCCGUUGCCAGCUAGGAGAAGGCCCCUGGGACAGGGGUUUGGCCUCGGGCAUCCCGGCAUGAUGCAGGAACUGCGGGCCAGGCUGGGCCAGCCAAAGACCCAGUGACCAGGACUUGAGACUCUGGGGGGGCCACACCCUGAGCAAGGCUCCAAAGGCUGUGUGGAUCCCUGCUCAGCCUGGCUCCCUCUGCCAUUUGUGAUGCAUCCUUCCCACCUUCUGGGCCUUAGUUUCUUGGCGUGGCCUCCACGGAGCAGAAAGAACCAGAUCUCUUCAAAAACCAUGAACGCAGGGAGUCUGACUCUCCAGUGCGGCUGAUGGACCACGGCUCUGCCUGGAAUCACCUCUCUCUGAUGUCCUGCCUUGACCACCGCCCCCAGCCUGUGUCAGGGGCCUGGAGGGCUGAGAGGGGACGGAGACAGGUCCCCAGAGGAAGGGGUCAGGAAGCCCAGGGGAACGCCAUUUGUAAGCAAAAGCUGAUGGGAAGCCGACCAGCCGUCUUGAGCUUCCAAAGUGGGAGCUCAGACUUGGAAGUCUGCUGGUUACUAUGGCAACCACCAGCUGAAGUAGCCAGAGUGGGGGGCAGGGGAUGCAGGCCAGGAACCCCCCAAAAGUAGGAGCAGAGGAGUCCAGGGUGGUCAGAAGCUGCAGACAUUCCAGGCCCCCAUGGGUGUCAGGCACCCCUUCUCCAAAAAGAAGCCGAGGCAGAGAGAGGGUGAGAGUGCUUUAUUAAUGCACCCAGCAUGGCUGCCUAGUCUGAGGAUGACUAGCAGGCCCCCAAACAAUAAAUAAACCAUCAUUUCCCUGAACAAUAAAUAAAUAUCCAAGAAAUAAAUAUCA